UAAUAACUAAAAUUAGAAUAUAUUUUCUUCAUAAUAUAUGCUGUGUGUUGUAUAUGUGACCUCUAGCAGAUCCUACCCAACAGAGCUUUCUGCAGCAAAGGGAACAUCCUCCAUCCGUGCUGUUCAGUGCAGGAGAUAUUGACUACACAUGGCCAUUUUGUACUAGAAAUGUAGUGUGACCUGGGAACUGGAUUUUUAAUUUUAUUUAAGUUUAAAGAACUACAUGGUUAGCGAUUACCAUAUAGGACUGUACUAUUGGGGUUAGGGUUUAGAAAUCUUUUGACAGCACUUAAUUUUUGUAUAGAGUGCAUGCUAUUUUAUCUCUUAUAUAUCUAGGAGCACUUGCCUGAAAAAGAUGAGUUUUCUUCAAACCCAUAAAUUUUAAGCAGCUGAUGCUGUGGUCUCAAAGCAACAACCUAGUAAAGUGCAGUGACUGUUAUAUCAUAAUGGAGCAUGGCCAGACCAGCCAGGCCAACGUGGCUAAGAGUUGCUUCCCUAGUGAUUGCCCAGAAGAGUAUUCAAAUCCUCUGGAGGGCACAGAGGUUUUGUUUAGUGUGAUAAUUGGGGGAAGUCAGGGAUGCAGAAAACUAAAGAUCAGAGGCUGCCAUGAAUCUGUGAUAUUCCUGUGUGGCACCAUUUUUAAUAAGGAUUUUCUGGGCAAAUAGUCAAAAGCAGCCACUCAUCUCUUCAAUGUUGUUGUAUGGAAGGAAGUAAAGUUAGGAAAAGAAGAAGGAAUGGCAAUGAAGAAGAUAACCAUCUUCCCCCCCAGACCAAAAGGAGUAGUAGAAACCCUGUUUUUCAGGAUUCCUGGGACACAGAGACAGUACCUGUAACGAAAAACAGUAAAGAAAACAGACUAAGAGGAAGCAAAGCGUUCUGCGCGUCUUCAAGCAGUGACAGUGGUGGGAGCAGCAGCAGCAGUAGCAGCAUCAACAGCCCUGACAGGGCCAGCGGGCCAGAGGGCAGCCUAAGCCAGGUCAUGCCCGGAUCCAGCCCCAAUACCCCUCAGCCCAUGCCUGAGCAGUCUGCACUGUGCCAAGGCCCUUACUUCCACAUCAACCAGACCCUGAAGGAGGCCCACUUUCACAGCCUACAGCACCGAGGACGGCCUCCGACAUGAUGCGUGGGCAGUUUCUUGCCUUCUGUGAAGGGACAGCGCUGUGCAGAUUUGAUAUUUCAACUUACAAUUUGUUUUAAAAAAAUUGCACACAAAAAAUGCCUGUUGGCUUUUCAGUCUAUAUUUGAAAUAACAGGUUAACAGGCAAUUGUUUACUUGUGGUUUUGCUGCACUAUUGCAAUUUCAAAGGGGCUUUGAAGCAAUUUUUUUAUAGGAUUCUUUUGAGGGAGGGUAUCAAAUCCAUGUCAAGGAAGUGGUGUGAGGAAAUCUCAUCUGUGUGUUGCAUCCAUAGUGUGUCCAGUUCAGACUGAUCUUCAAAUCUGUCAAUUAGAAGUUCUACUUUAUGUAAAGGGCCUUUUAAAAAUGCGGGAUCUUCAAUUUUUUAAUUCAAUAAACUAGUAAAGAGUAUCUAGUUUCCAUGAAAAAACACAAGGGUAUUUUUUUUUUCUUCCCCAAAAUAUAGUAAGCUUGAUUCAGUCUUGCACUGAAAUUAACUGCCAUACUACCUCUUAGUAUGUACAUGUUCUGUGGAAAGUACUCUGUUGUAACAGGAGAAUAAUCGGAUCCAUCCAGUUUAGACUGUGGAAGUGAAGCGCACUCCCUAGUAAUAGUCUCUUCUCUGUUAUAUAUUUGUAUUUCUAGGGAGGAUGUCCUUGUGUACCCAGGUUAACUCUGUACCAAUAUUCCUUUCAGAGUCUGCACCCCAGACUCUACUGCACAGUUCCAAAAGUCAAGGAGUAGUAAUGACUGUCUUACUCACAAACUUAUAUCAGAAACUUAUGUGAUCUCACUGAAAAUUCCCCUUGCAGUGGUGAAAAUUAAGGCACAUGCAAGUACUGAAGAAACAUAAGCUGCCCGAACUGAUACCUGAAGUAACAAGACUGUCAAAGUAUUGGACAAGGAUUUACUUUUGCUUGAAGUCACCCCUAAUGUGACAGGGGGCCUCAUUCCAUCACUUAAACUGGAAAGAUUGGUGUGGAUUUGAAACAAAUGAGCAGAGGCACCUGUAGGAGAAAGAAUGCAGAAGUAUUUAUUUAGAAUAGAAGUGUUCCCGAUUACUUAGUCAUACUAGCGAGCCAGCCAAGUUUGAAUAAUGAAGAUGCAGAUGAGUCAUCUUCCUCGCUGAUGAGCUGUCUGAACAAGGAGCCAGGAUGCAUUGGGUCAUCUGCUUUGGAGAGUUCCGGGGGACCAACCUGUCAUUGGAUGUAGAGGAAGUGCCUUAGAGUCCACCGGAAGCUACCUGCCCGCUCCCCUGACACUCCAUUCCACUCGGAGGCUACACAGCAUACAUAGCAGAGCUGAGAAGCGUGGAUGACUCUACUAAGAGGAGUUUGCUGUUUGUCAGGACUGGAAAAGGACAUGGGGAACAGCACGGGAUUUUAUUAUGUGACAACUAAAAUUUGAGAAUGAAGAUUGUCCUAGGGAAAUAACAAACACAUACCUCCUUUCCAUGGGUGUUCCUUUAGUAGGGACAGACUUUAGAGGCCAGCUGUGUGCUGUGGAAACUAGUGUUAUAGAGGACGUUAUAGCACAGGCCAUACUUAUGGGGCAUGGGGUUUUGGCAAGAAGUUUUUUUUUUUUUUUAAAACUCAGAUUUUAAAAACCAGAUGUUUGACAAGGAUUUUAAUGGCAAGGAAUAUGCAAAGGACACAUUGCUAAUGUUUUGUCUAACAAUAAAGCAAACAACAACUAAAUGCUGUGAGAAGACAGGCUGUUCGAGCUCUCAAACACACGCAUACACAACAAAAUUCAGAAAUACCCAGGAGGACUCCUGCAGGCUUAAUGGAGGCAUCCUACUGAAACAAAAUGUAUAUUAACAAGAAAAUGUAAAACUUGAGGAAGCAAGCUUUUGUUAUUUUCCACCCAACUAAAAGAAUGGAAGAUUAAACCAUCACCAGAACAAAAGGACUUUCUCCAAGUACAAUCAUAGUGGCAGGUUGGCAAUUAACUCUUACUCUAUUAAAUGCAAGGAACCAUCUCCAUCCUGUCUACAUUUUCUACAGCCUUGCAGCUUGGGAUACAUUUAUAUUAUGAGGCUACUUGGUAGUGUCAGUGGGCAUCUUUAAAACCUUCUAUUAGCUCAAGCCCGUACAACCUUGUAUUUCUUGUGCCGCCAUUAAAAGCAGCAUUAGUGCAUUUUGUCAUUCAGUUAUCAGUUUUUUCAAAGGGAGCUGAUUGGGUGGUUUGGGAAAUGGGGACAGUCGACAGGGAAGACCCUUUUGCUCUUGGCACUAACCUGGGUUUUUGUUUCAGUGCUUCUGCUGGUUGACUUAGCCUUCCGAGUGCUUGUCAUGCUCAGUGGAAGAAGUCCAAACCUGCAAGACGAGCAGAAAGAAUUUCAGUGGCAUGAACAGGCAGCUUGGGGCCCAGCAAAGUCUCAAAAUUGUUUACCUGAUCUGACUUGAUGCCAGUGGCAGAAUGUUGUGGGGUUCCUGGGAGUUGAAUGUGCCACUCCGGGGGGUGAACUGAUUAUCAGUGCCGGUAACCAAACCAAACAGAACCUGACAAAAGGACCACAGUAAAAUGUGGGGCUUUGGCUGUCCAGAUGGGAGAGGAUGACCUCUGGGGGCUCUUCUUUUCAGUGUGUUAAUGCUUCAAAUUACUUUUUAUCACUGCCAUCAAUCAGAAUCUCCUGGCAACAGUUUUUUUAUUCCUCUUUCUGAGGCUUGGGUUUUUAAUAAUUUGUUAUGUACAAAUAAAGGGAUCAUGAUCAUGGUA